UCAAUAAAAAAAAGGAGGAAGAAGAUCCAAACACACCUCAGUGGCAGUUACCUGCGCCCCAGUUUUGGGUUGCAGCCGUAUUGACGCCUUAUUUUCUCUGGCACUUUUCCUCGAAUGAUGCGUUAGUCUCUCGCGCUGAACUUCACCAACAACGCCACCGCCGCGUCAUUCAUUCAGACUCAGCGCACGGAGAAAGUCGCUCCCCAGCUUGUUGAAUGCAGGAGACCUUGUGUCCCGGCGACUAUUCCAAGUUCAGAUUUGGAGCAGCAGCCAAGGAGCGGGGACUCCACUCGUGCGCCGACAUGAAGUCAGCGGAGGAAGAUGCGUACAGCUACACUCCGAAUGUGAGCUUGUCUCUACCACUGGGCAUGGGUAACCCCUGUUUGGCUGCUCAGUACCACACCUUACAAACAAGCCCAGUCAUCUCAGUAUCUUCCUGCCACCAGACAGGGUACAAUGCCCAAAAUGAAAACCAUGCAGCACCUGGUUAUUACCUGCCGCAUGGUCUUCGGCCCAAUGGGGCCCCGGCCCUGGAGAGCCCUCGGAUUGAAAUCACCGCUUACAGCCCGUAUCCAGAAGACGAGGUAGAAGAGAGCAACAGUGAGGACCACGUCAUCAAGCGCGGGGUCAACUCCGUCGUGACUCUGACGCUGCCCAAUGCCGAUGGCUAUCGUGAUCCCAGCUGCCUCAGCCCCGCCAGUAGCCUCUCCUCACGUAGCUGUAACUCUGAAGCUUCCUCCUAUGAGUCAGGCUUCUACAACUAUGACAACUCCCCCCAGAAUUCCCCGUGGCAGUCACCAUGUGUGUCCCCUAAAGGCUCCUCUUCGCUCUUGUCAUUCCCUCAUGCUAGUGGCCCAGCGGGAUCACCGCACAAUUCACCUUCAACCUCACCACAGAUUGGUGCAAUGGCAGAAGAAGUAUGGCAAGCACAACCUCGUGGAUCCAGGCCCAACUCUCCUUCAUGCAGUGGAGGUGGAGGUGGCAGCAAUGGCACCACCAAUGUCGGGAAGAGAAAAUACAGCCUAAACGGUAGCAGCUACCGUCAGACAUCAUCUUCACCCAACCAGUCUCCACCCACACCCUCCCCCCAUGGGUCUCCUAGGGUCAGUGUUACAGACGAUAACUGGCAUGCCAACGCAAACCAGUACACCAACUCCGCCAUCGUGGCUGCCAUAAAUGCUCUGACCACCGACGGCCUGGUUGACAUGGGAGAGGGAAUCCCCAUCAAGACAAGAAAGACCAUGAUGGAGCAUUCUCCCAACGUGAGCCUCAAGGUGGAGCCUGGUAUUGAGGACUUGGGGCAUGAGGCUGACCUCGGGCAUGAGGACUACCCUUCUCGCCUCACACUUAAAAAAGAGAAUUACACCUCAGGGUUCCUUGAUGUUCCACAGCAUCCAUAUUCUUGGCCAAAACCCAAGACUUACCUCAGCCCUUCACUGCCGGCUCUCGACUGGCAGCUUCCAUCCUGCUCCGGUCCCUACAGCUUGCAGAUCGAGUUGCAGCCCAAGUCCCACCACAGGGCACAUUAUGAGACUGAGGGAAGCCGUGGAGCGGUGAAGGCCUUAUCUGGAGGACACCCUAUUGUACAGCUUUACGGCUACAUGGAAAGCGAGCCGCUCACCCUGCAGCUGUUCAUAGGCACCGCAGACGACCGCCUCCUGCGACCACAUGCCUUCUACCAGGUCCACCGCAUCACGGGCAAAACUGUCUCCACCGCCAGCCAUGAAGUCAUGCAAUCCAACACCAAGAUCCUGGAGAUCCCUCUCCUUCCUGAGAACAACAUGCGGGCCAUAAUUGAUUGCGCAGGUAUCCUGAAGCUGCGCAACUCCGACAUCGAGCUUCGCAAAGGUGAAACUGACAUUGGUCGUAAAAACACACGAGUGAGGCUGGUCUUUCGGGUGCACAUCAACCAACCCAAUGGCAGGACAGUGUCACUGCAGACCGCUUCCAACCCGAUUGAAUGCUCCCAGCGCUCGGCUCAGGAGCUCCCUUUGGUAGAGAAGCAGAGUACGGACAGUUAUCCCGCUCCAGGAGGCAAAAUGAUGCUCUUGAGUGGCCUCAACUUCCUCCCCGACUCGAAGGUUGUGUUUGUGGAGAAGGCCCAGGAUGGGCAUCAUCUGUGGGAGACAGAAGCCAAAGUUGACAAGGACUCCAUCAAGUGUAAUUCCAUUGUUGUCGAGAUCCCGCCGUACCGAAACCAGAGAAUAUCUAGCCCGGUCCAUGUAAACUUCUACGUCUGCAACGGCAAGAGAAAGAGGAGCCAAUACCAACGCUUCACCUACUUGCCGCCGAAUGUGCCCAUAAUAAAGACAGAACCCAGCGAUGAAUAUGAUUCUUUGGAGACACCAGGGUUAACCCUACACUCACAGCCGUACUACAGUCAGCCGAGGCUAACUCCAAUCAUGCCUGUUGCCGAUCCAGAUUCCUGCGUUGUCGGUGGUUAUGGUUCCUGCCCGACUCGCCAUGCAGCCAUGCCAUCAUCGCCCUCGAGUUCCAGCCCAACUCUGCAUGACCUUUCCCCCGUGGCAUACCCCAAGUGCCUCCCUAACAGCCCGGCAAAUUCAGCACCACCAGGCCCAAUGGUGCCCAACCUCCAGGAGUCGUCCAGACCAAACCUUGUCCAUCCAAUCUCUCCAGACCAUAGCUCCUCUCUAGCUUUGUUCCAUACCCAGGGAAGCCCCAACCAUCUCAACAGCCCUGGCCCUCAAGGUUUCCACCCUGUCUACGCAAACAGCAGCCCCUCGUCCUCCCCUGUCUCCAACCCUUCCACUCCCGGUGGGCCAGUCGAGAGUCCAUUUGUACAGGCCUACAGCCCUAGCUCGGCUCAGGCUGCGGCAACUUCGGUCCAGACUGGAGGGAACUCGCCCGGAACAAGCCUGAUCCCUGAGGAUCCCAGCCCUCCAACAAUUGCAGUCAUUGUCAAACAAGAGCCACAGGAACUGGACCAGAUGUACCUGGAUGACGUUAACGAAAUCAUCCGGAACGACCUCUCCAGCAUUUCCGUACACACUCAUGCAUAGCUGCCCAGGACUGUAAGCAUCAAGCGCACGCUCACAUCCUUGUUACACCCCGACGGAAACAACAUGGACAUAGCAGGAUCCAGAGGAUGAAGACGGAAUUCACAGCCUGGAUCGUCCACAUCGAUCACCCAUCAGCGCCUGCUUCUUCAACAACAAGCAAAUCUUUAAACUAAAAUGAGAAAGGAGCGACGCACCGACCCUAGUUCACAGCGGACCAAACUAAAAAAAGGAAUCCCAACAAGGUGACAAGCUGUCGUCAUAAAAUUCAUCGCUUCAUGUUGACUGGCCACAAGAACCAAACUGGUGCCUUAUAGGAUCGAUACUCAGACAGCCAUCUACAUUAGCAGUUAAUACAAAACUUAGUCGGAAGUUUUCUUGUAUUCCUUUUUUAAUAAUUUAACGUGUUAUUUAGUUGUCUAUUUACGAGGAUGCUGAAUUAAAGGGGUGAUUUCGGGAGUCUGUUAAUAUGUCCUCUUUAUUUUUUACUACACAACUUUCAUUUAAAUGUUAUAAUAUUUUGUAUAAACAUGUUUUUUUUUCAGAAUGUAUGCCUUAUGCUUUCGUCAUGCAUUAUGUUCUUUGCAUUUUCACCUCUGUGCCUACUUUAGCAUCACCCUGUCUUCCAGUCGGCUCCCGUCACAGAACGAUGCACGGACAAUCCAAAUAUAUCGCACAUAUCUGAAGAUGUUAUAGGAGAAUAUGAAGGCGGUUUUCCAUCUUUCUGAUGCUAUAAAAAUGAACAACGGUAUGCUUACCUGCUGAGGACAAUGUUACUUCUUGCACUGCAGAUUAAGGUGUAAAUAGGCGCAGAGAUAAUCUGAAGUUUUUCAGUUCAUCAGGCUGAAGGUUCGACAGGACUGCUGCAUACGGCUGGCAAUAAUAGAUUUCUGCUCACCAAAGGUCUUUGGUGAAGCUAUUGUCCCGUGUCAGAGUGAAUCCCCCGCGUCACUAUUGAGAAGCACUUUAGCGUAGAUUUCUUGCUUCCUGACCAAAUAUGACAAAUUCAUUUCACAGUGGCGUCAUUCAUCAGAAUCCUUUCCUCCAAGCAGCUGCUGUGGGUCUUUUCAGAGCAUGCACACUGAUCCAACCUUGAGGAUCAUCUAGCCGACGACAGCUUUCUAUAUCGCUUCCUUUUAUAAAUAUUCUAUAGUAGCAUGAUGGAAAUGUAUGGACAAGGUUUCUCUUUCGUGCCUUAUUCGCCUUCUUAACUGAUGCUUCCUCCACUUCUGUCUUUAAUAAGAAA